GAAUGGCAGCAGUAGAUCAGAGCUCCUCCUCUGGGCUGCUUUGGCGCGCUGGGCUCCUCUCUGCUCCAGUGCAGCACACCAGUGCUCCCACAGCUUUGCGGAAACUGCUGGGGAAAUGGCGGGUAUGAGCGCUUCAGCACCGGGCGCCGGUUCAGCCUCGGGUCCGGUUCAGCAGGGACUGAAAGUGGCGCUAAUAGAGACCCUGACAGCCAUUCUGUCGCCGGUUCAAGAAGUGCGCGCCGCUGCGGAGGAGCAGAUUAAAGUGCUGGAAGUGACGGAAGAGUUUGGUGUGCACCUUGCUGAACUCACUGUUGACCCCCAGGGAGCGCUCGCUAUACGGCAGCUUGCCUCCGUCAUUCUGAAGCAGUAUGUUGAGACCCACUGGUGCGCACAGUCAGAGAAGUUCAGACCACCAGAAACCACUGAAAGGGCCAAGGCAGCGAUACGUGAGCUCCUGCCGGGCGGCUUGCGGGAAGCUAUCAGUAAGGUGCGCUCCAGUGUUGCCUAUGCUGUGUCAGCCAUUGCUCACUGGGACUGGCCGGAGGCGUGGCCUCAGCUCUUCACUCUCCUUAUGGACAUGCUUGUCAGUGGGGAUAUCAAUGCUGUGCAUGGUGCCAUGAGAGUCCUCACAGAGUUUACCCGAGAAGUGACGGACACACAGAUGCCACUGGUGGCGCCUGUUAUUUUACCAGAGAUGUAUAAAAUCUUCACCAUGGCAGAGAUCUACAGCAUUCGAACACGUUCCAGAGCCGUGGAGAUCUUUACUACCUGUGCCAACCUUAUCUGUGCUAUUGAAGUAUUUGAAAAGGGUGCUGCCAAAGCUCUUAUCUUUCCUGUAGUGCAGCAGUUCACUGAGGCGUUUGUGCAGGCCCUGCAGAUGCCUGAUGGACCCACUUCAGACAGUGGCAUUAAGAUGGAGGUCCUCAAGGCUGUGACCGCCCUUGUGAAGAACUUUCCCAAAUCCAUGGUGUCCUCCAUGCAGCAGAUUCUUCCCAUUGUGUGGAAUACACUAACAGAAAGUGCUUCCUUUUAUGUAAGAACAGAGGUAAACUACACAGAGGAAGUGGAUGAUCCUGUCGACUCUGAUGGGGAGGUUCUAGGCUUUGAGAACCUGGUCUUCAGUAUUUUUGAGUUCGUCCACACACUGCUGGAUAAUAAUAAAUUUAAGAGCACGGUUAAGAAAGCUCUCCCGGAGCUCAUCUACUACAUCAUCCUCUACAUGCAGAUCACAGAGGAUCAGAUUAAAGUUUGGACUGCCAAUCCUCAGCAGUUUGUGGAGGAUGAAGAUGAUGACACCUUCUCUUAUUCUGUCCGAAUAUCUGCUCAGGAUUUAUUACUGGUUGUUGCAGCAGAGUUCCAGAACGAGAGCGCGGCAGCUUUAGCAGCAGCGGCAACGAGACACCUGCAGGAGGCAGAGCAGGCCAAGAACGCUGGAAACGAGCACUGGUGGAAAAUCCACGAAGCCUGCAUGCUUGCUCUGGGCUCCGUCAAGACCAUCAUCACCGAGAAUGUAAAGAAUGGCCGCAUUCAGUUCGACAUGCACGGCUUCCUCGCCAACGUCAUUCUUGCUGACCUCAACCUGGCCUCGGCCUCUCCGUUCCUGCUGGGCCGGGCACUGUGGGCUGCGAGCCGCUUUACUGCAGCCAUGUCUCCAGAACUCAUCCAGCAGUUCCUGCAGGCGACGGUGAGCGGCCUUCACGACAGCCAGCCGCCGUCAGUGCGGAUCUCCGCAGUGCGAGCAAUCUGGGGGUACUGUGAUCAGCUGAAGCUGUCGGAGAGCACCCACGUCCUGCAGCCCUACCUGCCCAGCGUCCUUGAGGGUCUGGUUCAGCUGGCUGCCCAGUUUAGUUCAGAGGUCCUCACGUUAGUCAUGGAGACUCUGUGUAUUGUGUGUACUGUGGACCCAGCGUUUACCACCAGCGCCGAGAACAAGAUCUGCCCGCUCACCAUCGCCAUCUUCCUCAAGUACAGCAAUGAUCCUGUUGUGGCAUCCUUAGCCCAGGACAUCUUUAAGGAGCUGGCACAGAUCGAGGCAUGCCAAGGCCCGAUGCAGAUGCGGCUCAUCCCUACGCUGGUCAGCAUCAUGCAGGCGCCGCCGGAUAAGAUACCCUCGGGCCUGUGUGCUACAGCUAUUGAUAUCCUGACGACGGUGGUCCGCAACACUAAACCCCCGCUGUCAGAGAUGCUCGUGUGCCAGGCUUUUCCUGCUGUGGCGCAGUGCACCCUUCAUACAGACGACAACACCACCAUGCAGAACGGAGGUGAGUGCUUGCGGGCCUACGUCUCGGUGGCUCUAGAACAGGUGGGUCAGUGGCAGGACGAGCAGGGGCACAGCGGCCUCUGGUACGUCAUGCAGGUGGUCAGUCAGCUCCUGGACCCCCGUACCUCAGAGUUCACCGCAGCCUUUGUGGGCCGUCUGGUUUCCACCCUGAUCGCCCGUGCUGGCACACAGCUGGGAGAGCAGCUGGACCAAGUACUGCGUGCCAUCCUCAGCAAGAUGCAGCAGGCUGAGACCCUGAGCGUCAUGCAGUCUCUGAUCAUGGUGUUCGCUCACCUGGUCCACUCCCAGCUGGACCCUCUGCUGGAAUUUCUGUCCAGCCUUCCGGGACCCACAGGAAAACCCGCUCUGGAAUUUGUGAUGACUGAGUGGAUGAGCCGCCAGCAUCUCUUCUAUGGGCAGUAUGAAGGCAAAGUCAGUGCUAUAGCUCUGUGUAAACUCCUUCAGCACGGUCUCAACGCCAACGACAAGCGCCUGCAGGACAUUGUGGUGAAAGGGGAAGAAAUUUUUAACGCAGAGGAAGGUAUUCGCACACGAUCCAAAUCGGCCAAAAACCCAGAACGAUGGACCAACAUUCCUUUACUUGUGAAGAUCUUUAAACUUAUAGUGAACGAGCUCUCGUCUGUAGUGGAGGCUAAUGCUAACAGAUCUAAUCCUGCAGAUUGGAGUCAAGAUUCAGGAGGAAUGUGGGAGGAACAAGAGGACGAGGAGGAGGAUGAUGACGAAGAUGAAGGAUUAGAAGGGCAGCUGCUUUCUGAGCUCAUAUCUUCUAACAAAUAUGAUGAUGAUUAUUAUGAGGAUGAUGAUGAAGAUGACCCAGAUGCCUUGAAGGAUCCUAUAUAUCAAAUUGAUCUUCAGGCUUAUCUGACGGAUUUCCUGACCCAGUUUGCCCAGCAGCCCUGCUACAGCAUGUUUUCUGGACAUCUAAAUGAAUCAGAGCGAAGAGUCUUGCAAACCAUCGGUAUCUAACCUGCACCUCUCCCCGUUAUCAGCUCAAACUGUGUCCUUGUUUCAGUGUUUACCACUCGCUCGUAUCUUUCCAACCUGGGACUAGAGUGGCCUCGAGAAGCUGGCACUUACAAACAACCCCAAACAGCACAACCGAGGACAGAUUUCCAAACAUGAUGCACUUGUUGACACAGCCUGCCUGACGGUCUGCUGAAGGAGUGCGCUUUUAAAAUGUAAAGGAAGUGGAACCUCCUGGAUGUCGACCUCCAAAGAUGACCGGGAGGGUGGAGCCAAUGAAACGGUUAACAAGGCACAAAUAAGGCCCAGUGAACUGGGAGGAGCUUCGGGCGAAAGGAAAGGGGGUUAAAAAGGGUCUGUGAGUUCUUCGCAAAAGGGCCGAUAUAUCAGUAUCGAAAUGUUUACGAAGUUUCAGCUGUUGUCCAUUUGUACAUUCUCACUUUGCCGUUUCAUGGUGGUCUUAAACUCUUUCUGUAAAGGAAGGCAUAUUUAGACAAAAGACUGACUUUAACUUUGACAAGUUGCUGGCGAAUGUUGGCGGCCUUAUCGAACAGAACCAAGUCUGACGUGAAAAGCUCUCCUAAGCCUCGUCGUUAUGGCCGUGCAGUGUGGUGGGUAUAAGGGAUUCACUGUGUGCCAUGGUGAUGUACGGCCGACUAGUGUCCUUGUACCCGCUAAAAUUUGGGGUGAUAUUUCAAAAUAAAAGGCCCAUGAAAGUA